AUGGCUUCAAUAUUCAUACCCAGCAGAUCUCGGUCUGCACAACCACAAAGACCCACGAUGACUAGCACGACAGCUCUCAUCCUCUUUUUCGCAACCAUUCCUUUCGUAUCUCCCGUUGCUGCGCAAUCAUUCCCAUAUGUGCCCACGGAGAUUCUCAUGCCAGAUCCUACCUGCGUCGACGGCAGCGUACCGUGCAGUGCCUCGGAUUUAGCAUUCAUCUUUCGACAAACAGCCUCGGGCAAGGUCGAGUUUAGAUCCCUCAACUUUUCCGCGAGCGUGGAUGCGGACGAACCCACACUCGGUCGACCAGCGGGUAGCACGACGUUACCUUUUCUCGAUGACGAGCCCAAAAGCACUGCGUUUGGCGCUGCAAGAACGGCAAACGGCUCGGUCCUCGUGUACGCAGGCGACUGCAAGACUGGCAUCAGUGAUGUAUGGAGCUUCGACUACGAGGACGGAGGCGACUGGUAUCGUCGAGGUCUCAAAAACAGCAACGCCCGUCGUGCGCCUUAUUUCCUCGGCGGCACUGUCGCCUUUUCUUCCAGUCUCGCUCCCGAGAUGGACCAGCCUACUCUUUAUACCUACGGUGGUAUGUGCGAAACGCCAAAGUCUGGAGCUACGUCGGAUUGGCAGAGCGAUGCGAACUAUACCAAGACGAUGUUGAGGGUCGCGCCGAAUGAUGGAGAUACUUAUACUUCAUACAAAAUGAGCGUGGCAUCCAGCGGCGGACCACGAACACCAAUUGCUGGCUUUACUCUGACUGGUUUGACGCCUUCGAUGACCAAUAAGUCUGGCACCGUCACGCAGCAAAUGAGUUAUGUAUUAUUGGGAGGACAUACUACAACGGCUUUUAUCAACAUGAGCACAGUCGCCGUAUGGAACUUGCCAGCCGAGACAUGGAGCUAUGUAAACAUCCGAGCUCCUAAUGGUGAUUUCCCAAAGUCAGAUCUUGCCAUCAAGGAUACGAGUGCCCAGUCUAAACAAAAGAGGGCGGCAACUACUGCGGAUAAUGUCUACAGUCGUUCCGGACACACUGCAACUUUGAGCGAAGACGGCAGCUCCAUCAUUGUCAUUGGAGGCUGGGUUGGUGAUGUCAAUACUCCUGCAGAACCCCAACUUGCCAUUCUUGAGAUGAGCGAGAUUUACAGCGGAUGGCAGUGGAAGAUUCCAGAGAAGCAGCCCGACUUCACUGGAAUAUAUGGCCAUGGUGCUGCGGUGUUGCCAGGAAACAUGCUGAUGGUUUAUGGUGGAUGGGAGACGUCGAGUUCUUCAAGUCGAAUCAAGCGCCAGGCCUCGUCGGGUUCCCUUCGCUUUUACAACAUUACUUCCGGGUCAUGGGGAUCUAGCUACACGAAUCCCUCUUCCGUGUCUUCGUCGGAUGAAGAGAAUGAUGCUCCAACGGAUAACGGCAAAGGGUCCAACUCGAAACGCCUUGGUCUUGGUCUCGGGUUGGGCUUUGGCAUUGCUGCUUUGAUCGGUAUCAUCAUUGCCGCCUUGUGCUGGUACAAGAAGCGCAGACGCCACAUCAACAACCGAGACGAAGCAGUCCGGGCGCUGUCCCAAGAUCCCAGCUACUAUCACAGUGACUUUCCCGAGAUGACAGAGAAUGACCCUUGGGGGCUCGACAAUACGGCUUGGUAUGGCCGUGGCCCAUAUCCUGCUGGAGAGAGAUCACUCGGCUACGAGUCGAUGAGAGGCGCUCGAAGCGGAAUGCCUGGACUUCACAUCCCCCACAAGCCUAUGUCGAGACCAUCGCGCGGAGGUUAUGUGCCUACAGCGGGGAGCUUCCCUGGACCAAUUCACCCAAUCUAUGAGGAUGAUGAAGAAGAAAUUUACCAGAACCGAGGUUUAUAUGACCAUGUCGCAACACCCACAUCUGAUGUUCAUUCAGAUCCCUUCCAGACUCCAGUUACCGCUACCGGCCCAAACAAUAUGCCGCAUCCCCUAUGUCUUACUCCUGGAGGAGGCAGAGCGUCAGCUACACCUAGCCCUGAGAAUCGCCGUCACGAUCCUGAGGUCCAGGAUUGGGUGACCGAGGUUGAUGCUGCAGAGGGACUACUCGAACGCAUGAACAGUAGACGGAGCCAACAUAAGAAUGCCCAGAACGUUGACGGCGUAGACGGCCCUGCACGAAUGAACAGCCGUCGAAGCCAGAACCAAGGGAGCUUCGGUAACAGCCAGGGCCGUACUUCCCCAACGCGGCACAACUCAACACGAUCAACUGCUCUACGAGAUGACGAAUCGCGAAGCGGAUCUAACUUGUCCGAAUCGGCACGAAGCGCAGCCGAGAGCAUCAAGGCUAAGGCACGACAGCUCAACCCUCUGGCUCCCGCUUUCUUGGUGGCUGGUGCCGAAUACCCAAAGCCUGGAAGUUCAUCUUCCGAUAGCUACAAUACUGCUCACUCCUCAUUUGGUGCUCUUCAAGCCGAAGGACCUUCGCUCCUUAUGGGGGAUCGAGGUCAACGGUACGACGAUGAUGAACCUUCGUCGCCAUCCAAAUCAAAACCACGUAGGGGGUGGUUGGGCUCUCUCAGAAGGGUGUUUUCAGGGGCUAGUACCCCUCAGUCCUCCCGUGAAGACAUGUCUGGAGUGCGGCGUUCAUUUGAUCAAGAGCCUGUGAGCGGUGAUUAUGAGCCCGGUCUGGUUGGUCUGCGUGGCGAGCUUCUUAGAAGGAAGAAGGGUCGGCAAGACUGGGAGGGCCUCGGUCCUAUACCGCAAGGUGCUAUGAUGUCCGGAGGGUCGGGACCUGAGCCCGGGACCGAGUCUGACUGGGACAUUGAGAGAGCUGUAGAGCAGCGGUUAGUUCAGGUCAUGUUCACAGUUCCCCGAGAACGAUUACGAGUUGUUAAUGGCAACGAAGAGGGGAGCGAUCGUGAGGAUGAAGACUUGAUGAAGCCGCAAGCAGCAGAAUUGGUCGAUCCUGAUGACGAGCAUGAUUUGUCACGAGAUGAGAGCGUUCAGGAGAAGCACAUGGAAGCUGGCUAUGAGCACCCAACUCUACAGCGUGUUAGCGAACCCCAAAGACAGGAGGGCAGUUCUAUGGCUGAGAAGCAGCGACUUGUUCAGGAUGAAGAAGAACGAGUAAAUGAGAAACAGCGAUAUGAAGAAAAGCAACAGCUCCUCGAUGAGAAGCGUGCCGAGGAGAAACGACUUGCAGAGGAAGAAGCCUUGCAAGCACAGGAGGAGGAGGAGAGAGAGCCGAUGAAGAGACAACAGCCACAUCAACCCCCUCCACCAGAAGAAGAGGAACCACCAACAUCAACACUACAACAACCUAAGCCCUCACAUCUCCAACCCCGUCCUCUCUUCCAUAACCGCGCUCCUUCACCGGCAGACUCAAUAUCCCCUUCCCCCUCUCCCACACCAUCUCACAACCGUCCAAGUUUCCACUCCCGACGACAUACACGCGGCGAUUCAAAUAACUCGGCAGGCGGCUUUCUCCUCCCCGAACUCGCCACGCUAGAACCUCGCUUUUCACAUUCUACGGAUCGUUCCUCGGGCAUCUUGAUGGAAGCGCAAGCUAUUCCGCUAACUAGAGAACGAGCGCGAACGCGCGUCCUAGCCAUGGUGGAUAGCUUUGAGAACCUAAGUCGUGAGAACAGCCCAAGUCCCACAAGGUUUCAAUAA